GGUUCAGGACAAAUAUGGCUGGAUGACGUAGCGUGUAAAGGGAAUGAAACUUCUCUGAGAAACUGUUCAUCAAAUGUAUGGGGAUCACACGACUGUGGGCACCACGAAGAUGCUGGAGUCAUCUGCCAAUCUGUCCGGUUGGUGAAUGGUGACAACAUCUGUUCUGGAAGAGUUGAGGUUCUUCAUGACGGAGUUUGGGGAACUGUGUGUGAUGAUUUGUGGGAUCUAUCAGAUGCUGCAGUGGUGUGUCGAGAGCUGGGCUGUGGUACUUUUAUACAGGCAAAGAGCAAUGCAUAUUUUGGACAAGGUUCAGGACAAAUAUGGCUGGAUGACGUAGCGUGUAAAGGGAAUGAAACUACUCUGAGAAACUGUUCAUCAAAUGUAUGGGGAUCACACGACUGUGGGCACCACGAAGAUGCUGGAGUCAUCUGCCAAUUUAAUCUCUCAUCUGAUCCCUGCUACAUCUACACUGCUCUGGAUGAAACAAGGUUCACAAGAUAUUGCGAUAGAAGCGUCAGCUGGGUCGACUGGCAUCGCCUUUUCCUUAAUGGCCAUAACAUUCGAAUGGCAGAAGCAUGUGUGGAAAAAUAUACGUGUGGUGGUAAUGUUUCACUGUGGCUCAGUGGUGGACACCCAAAACCUGAGGAUGGAGUGGUCACCAGAGAUGUUUCUGGUUUUGUUGUUAGUGAUAACUGCUCCUUCAGAUCAUUUUCCAUCAGAGUCAAAGCCUGUUCAGGCAAUUAUUAUGUCUAUGAGUUUGUCAAAUCAACUUACUUCUGUUCAGCGUACUGUGCUGAUGUCAGCUGCAUUAACCAAACUGUCACAUCAGCGAUUACCACAUCAGGUGAUGUCUCCACGAGCAAACCCCACACAACUGUCACAUCAGUGAUCACUACAACAGAGGCACAGGUCUUCAUGGUUGGACCAAAUGUCACAUCAAAUAAAAUCCCUCGGCUCGACACAACAAAUGCAUCUGUGGACAUUGAUCUCAUUGGGAUUGCCAAGAAUAACAAUGGAAGAUCUGCUGUGGCGUUCAUGAGCUACACCACAAUGGAGAAUCUACUGAAGGCAGAAUUCUUCAACACAGCAGAUAACACAUCAGUUAAAACCAUGAUGUCCACUGUCAUCUCAGCUACUCUUCCAAAAACCACCAACAAACAGCUCACAAAACCAGUCAACUUCACCCUCAAACACAUCAGAGAGUUUGUGUCUGAAGGGAAUAUGUCGUGUGUGUACUGGAACAUCACUGAGUGGAUUGUAGAUGGUUGUUCUGUUAUAGACACAAACAGCAGCUACACUGUGUGUUCAUGUGUUCAUCUGUCAACAUUCGCUCUCAUCAUGCAAACCGGCGGCAGUUCAUCAUCAUCAUCAUCAUCACCGGCUGAUCAUCUGAUGGAAAUGUUGAAUUUAGUGGCUGUCUCGGUGGGUCUGGUGUUUAAUAGUUUGGCUCUGUUGACUUUUGCUUUCUGUCGAUGGAAACCUGGAGUGAACAAUGUGGCUCGAAUCAACCUCUGCAUCAGUCUGCUGUCGGCUCAUCUUCUGUUCUUACUCACACAACGCUUCCUCAAACUCAUCAAACCUCACCAGGUGUUGUGUGGUGUGCUGUCAGGAUUUCUUCACUUUCUCUUUCUCUCCUGCUUUGUGUGGAUGUUCAUUGAAGCUGUGCUGCUCUACGUCUGUGUGAAGAACCUAUCACAGAUCAGCUCCAGACAGAGGGCGGUGCUUAGCAGCAGAUUCUUGAUUGUGAUUGGAUAUGUGAUUGCUCUGGUUAUAGUGGGCGUGUCUGUUGGAUUGGUUCCUGAAGGCUAUGGCAGUGACAAAUGCUGGAUUAAACUGGACUUAAUCUGGAGUUUUCUGGGACCUGUUUGCGUCAUUCUCGCAAUAAACACAAUUCUCUUCAUCAGAAUCAUCAUCAGUCUGAACUCAACUCUCUCAAAGCUGAAUGCUGAAGUUUCAAGGAUGAAACAAACCAAGAUUAUGGUUUUUAAAACACUGGCUCAGUUUGUUGUUCUUGGUUGUCCCUGGAUUCUGGGUUUCUUCACUGAAGACAAUAAGAUGAUGGAGAUUCUCUUUGUGAUCCUGAACUCACAGCAAGGAACCUUCAUCUUCCUGAUCUACUGUCUCUUCGAUAAUAAGAUCAGAAAGCAGUUUUUCAAGUGGGGAGUUGGCUUUCCCUCACAACCAGGAACUCUCAGAACAAACAUCGAGGAUGACACUGAAUGAUUUUAUUUGUUGAAGAAAAAGAGCACUACACAUUUAACAUUUAACAGUGAUUUUACAUGAAACUAUUUACACUAAAAUGUACUCAAUUUUCAUGAAAGCUGUGAAAUCAAUAAAAUGUACUGUUUAAAUCGAAUGAGUAAAAAAAAGCAAAUCUGUUUCACUCAG